AUGAGUGAAAACGUGAAAUUUAUUGUGACGGAAAUAAAUAAACUAUUAGGACGUAAUUACAAUCUAAUUGGAUUUAACGCCUUGAGUGCCGAAGAUUUAUUACAAAUAUUAUGCAGUGUUCUGAUGAAGAUACAGCAACAAGAUGAUUUAGAUGUCAAUAUUAGAAUAGAUUCCCCAGAAGAAAGUUCCAUAUAUAUUUUAACAGUUUUACGAAUACUUAAUUACCAGCCUGAUGUAGAUCCUGUAACGUUUAGACAAGGUCUAGUUCGAAGUGAUGUUGAGAUUAUUCAUCCUAUACUGAUGUGGCUCUUGACACAUAUCAACAUCGUUCAAAAGAGAGCAUACUUGUCACGUUUUCUCGUCAAGGUAGAAAUUCCACCAGAAUACUUAGGAGACUCUGAAAUAUCCCUUUUGCAAGAACAAUAUUUGUCCCUGGUUGACAGAUUUAAAACAGUUCACAAGGAGAGAGAGAUAGGAAAGAAGAAUGUCGAAACCGCCGCCGAGCUCGCAACGGAUCUACAAGCAAUGGGAAAAGAAAAGGAAGCGGUGACAGCGCGUAUCGCUAGAAUCAAAUCAAAAGCUGAGUCUGCUUUGCAUCUGCUGGAUUCUUGCAGAAUGUUGCGGACAGAAAGAGACAAGGAACGUGAUUUAAUGUCGCAGAAGGAGCAAGAGGAAGAUACUAUGUCUGAUUUACAAAAUUCUCUUCAACGAGUAGAACGCGAGUUACAAAUUUUGAAGCGCGACGGCAUUGGACUCACGCCGCAGAUAUUAAUUCAACAUUUGGCGGAAGAAGUAACGGUGCAAACCGCAAUCAUAAAGGAAAAGCUCCCGUUUGAGUUAAACGCGAAGAAAAAUCGAAUGAGAGCUUUGUCGAUAGUUAAGGGAUAUUCUUACCUGGGCCCGGACAAAAUUAUAAGUAUGAGAAAUGAUUUGGACACCAUACUAAAAGAUAUACAAGAUUUGGUAGAAUCCAAAAUAUCUAAAAACGAUAUCGACAAAAUGGAACCAUUCAGACAACAAGCGGCCGCUGUCGGGAAUAUGAAACGAAAUGCUCUUGAACGUUUAGAGAAGGUCGAAAGUUCUCUGGAAGAACUACAAUCGCGAUUAAAAGAGAAGCAAGAUCAUUCAAGAACUCUGUUAGAAACGUUAGCACCUAAAGCGGAGGAAUUGAAGAAAUAUGUUAAUCGUUUAAAAACCAAGAGUACAUUGUAUAAGCGCUGCAAAACGGAGAUUGCCGGCCUAAAAGCGGAAAGUGGUGUGCUUCAUCGAACAGUGGCUAUUCUGGAAGGACAGAUUGCUCAGUCUUAUCAAACAGACAUUGUAUCCAAGGUAAUAAUUCCGGAAAACUAUAUGGACAAUGCGUUAACGACAAAUACUCAAUUAUCUCAUUCAAUAUUAGCACUCCGUACCAAUCUUUCCCCUAUUAUAAGAGAUAUCAAGAUACUACGGCAGACAGCGCGUGAAACCGACGAAAGAUAUCAGAAGGCAUCCAAAAGUCAUAAUACAGUAGAAACGAGUAUGAAAAAUACAACGAGUGAUUUAUUAACCGAAACAAAACGACUGAAGGAUAAGUUAUUAAAGGAUACCGAAGAUAAAAAACAUCUUGAUGAAAGAGUCGUAAAAAUGAAAAUUACUGAAGAAAAACUACGUAAUGAAGAAGAGGCUAACAACGGUGGUUUCAACAAUGUGGGACAAACAUUAAAGCAGGAAUUGCGUAAAGCAAUCGCGUUAGAAGAAGAAACAUUAAAUAAUUUGACUAAGGAGCGAGAGAAAAUAAAAGAACAUACUAUACAAUAUGAACGUCAAACGCAACAGUGGAAUAAUAUUAUAUCGAUCUUUUUAUGUAAGAUUCAAUGUGCUGAAGAGAAUAAGCAAACCGACGGCAUAGUUGUACGAAGAGGCGGUGCUGAAACUCUUGUGCUGCAAUAAUGUUAAUAUUAAUUACGCAUAUUCAUAAUAAGAUGCAAAUACUAGACAUAGGAAAUAUUUUAAACAAAGUAAAAUGUAUUAUAUAAAAUAUAUUAAACUGCAGAUAACUGA